AUGGCAGUUCCAACAGCUCUCUUCAUCAUGAUGUUCAUUUUGCUAUGCAGGAGUGGGAGCUAUGGAAAUAAGCGCACAAAAGAUGGACGAAAUGAAAAAGCAGAGGCACAGUUUAAAGCAAACGGUUCUCCACAAGGUGCAAGCGAUUCUCCACAAGGUGCAAGCGAUUCUCCACAAGGUGCAAGCGAAACGGGAGGAGGGACGAACACCGGAACGGGAGCGACUACAAGCAGUAAAGAGGGAGGAAGUACAGUCAGCGGAGGGACGGUAAGUGUAACCGGAAAGACGACUGAGGUGGCAAAAGAGACGGUCGAACAGACAACGGCACAGGACGCUGGAACAGUAGUGGAAACGACGACAGUAGCAGCAGAAGUUUCAGUCAUCGAAACGGAAACGGGAGCUGAAGAAGCAGAGGCCCCGACGACUACAGCAAGUGGCGCUGCACAAACUAUUGGCAUUAUGCCUCAAAUGAGUCGGUUUCAGUGA